AUGACACAGAAGGCAUGGAGGAUCUCAUCGUGCACACUACUCAUUGCGGCUUUUUGGAGUUGUCACUUUGUAAGACCAUCAGCAAUAUCGGUGACUGAUUCUAACACUCCCCGGCUAUUGAGAAGAAACUUGGGUUCACGUGAGGAGGAAGCCGCUUCAAUCAUUAAGAUUCCAGAACUAGAAAUAGUCGUCGAAAACCCUGGCUUUCAACCUCCUCGCACUGUUUAUGACAACGCCAUCAAGAGCAAACUUACACAUCUUGACAGGCCAAAGUUCGAGUACCAACUAAUCCAACGUCCACCAACGCACCGCCACCCUAGCACAGAGUGGUGGUCUUUUUGGCAGUUCUUCACAGGCCAGACGUUCCAAUCAGUCGUGCAAGAAUUACGCGAUUACUGGUUCACCGCGUGGAGCUCUCCUCUUCACCGCUUCGCCAAAGACCUCGUCUCGUCUGCACCCAAAAUCAAUCGUCAUUACUUCAGGUCUAAUCCUGCAGAGUUGUUAUUGUUGGCUCAGGAAGACCACUAUGACACAUUUAACCGCCAAGUUGGAACCACGCUGAGUGACGCACAAAGGGACCUCAGUAGAGAGCGAACCGUGGAAUUGAUUCCUAGAUUUCUGAACAUCUUAGUUCAUGGGGAAAAAUACUUCAAAAAGCCAAGAGCUCAAAGUAUCAAUGAGGAUUUUUACCGAGAGCUUUCCGGCACAGUUCUUGAGGUGAAGAAUAGACUCCCCAGAGAGGAAGGAAGCAAUUCGCCUUCAGAAGGGUACGCCAAGGCUAUACAUCAAGUGCUUUACCGAAUGCUGGAAGGACUUGAAGGCCUACCAGAGUUAAGCCAAAAGGAUUAUUAUUGGCACCUGGCAAAGCUUCAAGACGUAACCACACAAGAGUUGCUAGACGUCCUUGACCCCCAAAAGGUGCCCUCAGGUAAAACACAAGAAGAGUAUCAUAUUAUCAUAGCCGCGCUUGACCAAGCCUUGGGAAAAUUCAAUUUGCAGCGUUCUUUGUUCGACUUGACAACUUCAAACUUUCUACUCAUGAGACUAAACACAGGAAAUUUAAAUCGAGGCUUACUAUGGUUAUCCACACUCCCGUACAACGCGAACAUAAGCCCCAAUGUAUUCAAAGCCAUCAAGUCCGAGUGGAGGAGAUUCACUUUCGACAUUCCUUUCGCACAGGAAGUUGAGGCUUUUCAAGACGGUCUGAUGCACAUAGUAUGGCAAGAUGAACAUCCUUUGAGUUCCAAGAUCUGGAGUAACGAAGAAUCUAGGUUGGAAAAAAUCGCAUCACGAACAAUGGUAUUCUCUGAUACGCUUACUCGACGAAUAUGGUGGCGCCAAUUUCAACCGGAGGGCAACUCUGUUGAGCCUUUAGACCAGAUCCCAACAAGACAUGUCAAUCGAGUCUUGUCAACAAUAGAUGGACUCAUUUUGAAGUAUGAUCCGCAAAAGUUGAAAUCCAAACAGCUCAUUCCCAAACGUCAAUCUCCUUGGGAACCACUGAUGGACCGGUUUCAUUCGAUUCUUUCGAGUACUUCAAGUUGA